AUGACAAUGAAGCUUCUUAUCAUGUUUAUCAUGUUUCAUGUGUUCAUCCUUAUUCUUCACAAACCCAUUUUGAUUCUUGCUUCAGUUGUUCCCUCACCUCAAGUUUCACCUUUUCCUCCAAUUCUCCCUUCAAUGACAAUCAUUGCUUCUGCUCCAGGUAUUCAUGUGGGAAAUGAAGAGGAAAAAAUGGAUUCACACAACAAAAAGGUGAGAGCUUUUGUGGUAGCUAGUACUGCACUUAGUGCUAUCAUUUUGUGUCUGUUAAGCUUCUGGAUUUACUACAUAAAUGCUUCAAAACCCAACAGAAAGAAGAACCUUCAAACCUCAGAUUCUGAGAAAGGGCUUGGUUUUGCACCAAAUUCUGUGAAGAAGGUUGGUAAGAAAGGGUGUGUUCCAAUCAUUGACUAUGAGCAAAUAGAAAAAGGCACUGAAAAUUUCAAGGAAAGUAACAUCUUAGGUGAGGGUGGUUUUGGAUGUGUUUACAAGGCUAGUUUGGAUGAUAAUUUGGUGGUUGCAAUCAAGAGGUUGAACUGUGAAUGUCAAUAUGCAGAAAGAGAGUAUGAGAAUGAGGUGGAAUUGUUAAGUGAAAUUCAACAUCCAAAUGUAAUUUCUCUACUUGGUUGUGGAAGUCAUGAGGAUUCAAGGUUUAUUAUCUAUGAGUUGAUGCAAAAUGGAUCAUUGGAAACUCAAUUACAUGGACCUUCUCAUGGCUCUGCAUUGACUUGGCAUAUGAGAAUGAAGAUUGCUCUUGACACAGCAAGAGGCUUAAAGUAUCUGCAUGAGCACUGUUACCCUGCAGUGAUCCAUAGAGAUCUGAAAUCUUCUAAUAUUCUCUUAGAUGCAAACUUCAAUGCCAAGCUUUCUGAUUUUGGUCUUGCAAUAAUUGAUGGGUCCCAAAACAAGAAUAACAUCAAGCUUUCAGGGACAUUGGGGUAUGUAGCACCAGAGUAUCUUUUAGAUGGUAAAUUGACUGAUAAAAGUGAUGUAUAUGCUUUUGGAGUUGUGCUUCUUGAGCUUCUAUUAGGAAGAAAGCCUGUGGAAAAACUGAGUUCAUCUCAAUGCCAAUCUAUUGUCACAUGGGCAAUGCCGCAGCUCACAGACAGAUCUAAACUUCCAAACAUUGUGGAUAAUGUGAUUAAGAAUACAAUGGAUCCUAAGCACUUAUUCCAGGUUGCUGCUGUGGCUGUGUUAUGCAUACAACCAGAGCCAUGUUACCGCCCGUUGAUUGCAGAUGUUUUACAUUCCCUUAUCCCUCUUGUACCUGUAGAGCUAGGAGGAACUCUCAGAGGUUCACAAGUGACACAUCAACCUCCAAAUUAUAGUUAA